GACCAAACUGACGCCACAGCCGCUGAUUGUUCGAUUCGCCGAACAUGCAGCAGCCGCAAGGGUACCCCGCCGCGCCAGGUAGCGCCGCUGGUUAUGGGCAGCAAGCUCAAUAUGGCCAGCAACAGCAGCCUCAGUAUGGCGCUCAGCCAGGUCAGUAUGACCAACAGCAACAGUAUGCACAGCAGCAGCAACAAUAUGGCCAGCAGCAGCAACAGCAGCAGUAUGGCCAGCAAGUGCCUCAACAACAGUACGAUCAGUAUGCUCAACAAGGCCAAUACGGCCAAGCCGCCCCACAGCAAUAUGCCCAACAAGGCUACGGUGCACAGCCCGCGUACGGCGGCCAACCUGGCUACGACCAGCAGCAGCCCGCCGCCGCCGCUGCGUCGCAGCACAACGUGGUGGCGCCGGCUGUGUGGGACAUUGAGGCAUUGGAAGCAAAAGACGGCAUUCGUUUCUCUUGGAACAACUGGCCCAGCACGCCGUUGGAGCAAACGCGGGCCGUAGUGCCCAUGGGGUGCAUCUACCAGCCGCUCAAGCCGAUUGAAGGCAUGCCCGCGGCAGUCGAGUACGACCCCGUGCAUUGCAAGAGUUGCGCGGCCAUUUUGAACCCGUUUGCGCACGUCGACUUUUUGUCCAAGCUGUGGGUGUGUCCGUUCUGCAUCACGCGCAACCACUUUCCACCGCACUAUGCCGAGCACAUUUCCGAACAAAACUUGCCCGCGGAGCUCAUUCCAUCGUUUUCGACGCUCGAGUACGAGUUGCCGCAGCGUCAAGCUGGUCCGCCCAUCUUUGUGUUUUGCCUCGACACGUGUCUGCCCGAAGACGAGCUCGAGGAGCUCAAAGAUUCGAUCCAGCAGACAUUGAAUCUCCUGCCAGACGAAGCUCUCGUGGGGUUUGUCACGUUUGGCACGAUGGUCCACGUGCACGAACUCGGGUUCGCCGAGUGCCCCAAAUCGCACGUGUUCCGCGGGAAUAAGGACUUUACCGCGCAACAAGUGCAAGACAUGCUCGGGCUCGUACCCACCCGCCAACAACCGGCCGCCACGACCUCCAUCCAACCCGGCCAGCAGCCGCAGCAUCCCCCCGCCGCCGCGCGCUUUUUGCUGCCUCUAGGCGAAUGCGGCUUCACAUUGGACAACAUCCUGCGCGACCUGCAGCGCGAUCCAUGGCCUGUGAAUGCCGGCCACCGCCCCCAGCGCGCCACGGGUGUCGCCCUCUCCGUGUCGGUGGGGCUGUUGGAGUCUACGUUCCGGGGCCAAGGGGCCCGCAUCAUGCUGUUUGUGGGUGGCCCCGCGACCACCGGUCCCGGCGCGAUCGUAAACCGCGAACGCACCGAAGACAUUCGAUCACAUACUGAUCUGCACAAGGGCAACGCCCCUCUGAGUGCCAAAGCCAUCGAGCAUUACACGGGGCUCGCGGAACGCUGCGUGGCCGCCGCGCACGUUGUGGACGUGUUUGCAUGCGCUUUGGACCAGAGCGGGGUCAUGGAGAUGAAGGUGUGUGUGGCCAAGACCGGCGGCGUGAUCGUGCUAGCCGACUCGUUUGGCCAGUCCGUGUUCAAGGAGAGCUUCCGUCGAAUGUUUUCGCGCUUCUCCGACGAAGCCGCCGACUCGGACAGAGACCACUUGACCAUGGCAUUUGCUGCGACGUUGGAAGUGCUCACGUCGCGCGAGUUUAAAGUGUCGGGGGCGAUUGGACCAGUCGCCGCGCAAAAGAAAACCAACUCGGCUGUCCCUGCUAAAAACAUUAGCGAGACGGAAAUUGGGGUUGGCGGCACCAACACGUGGAGUUUGGGUGGAUUAGAUCCUCAGACUGCCGUUGCCAUCUAUUUCGACGUGACCAACCAGGGCGCGAUCGCCCCCGGCAAAGGCCGGUACCUCCAGCUAAUCACUCGGUACCAGCACUCGAGUGGCAAGUACCGCACGCGCGUGACGACGAUCUGCGGUCCAUGGACGACUGACCCGAACGAUGUCGAAUCGCUCAAGCGAGGUUUCGACCAGGAAGCCGCCGCGGUGCUCAUUACGCGGCUGGCCGUGUUUCGAUCUGAGCGGGGCGACGAGACCAACGACAUCAUGCGCUGGAUCGACCGGUCGUUGAUUCGACUCGCGGCGCGGUUUGCCGAGUACCGCAAGGACGACCCGACGUCGUUUCGGCUGUCGCGCGAGUUCUCAAUCUACCCCCAGUUUAUGUUUCACUUGCGGCGGUCUCAAUUUCUCCAAGUGUUUGGGUACUCGCCCGACGAAAGCUCCACGUACCGGCACUGCCUCCUGCGCGAAAGCACGACCAACUCGCUCGUGAUGAUCCAGCCGUCGUUGCUGUCGUACUCAUUCCAAGGGCCCCCCACCCCCGCGCUCCUCGAUUCGAGCUCGGUCCGCGCCGACACGAUCCUCCUCCUCGAUUCGUUCUUCUACGUGGUUGUCUUUCACGGCGAAACCAUUGCCAGCUGGCGCGAUCAAAAGUAUCACGAACAUGCUGACCACGCCCACUUCAAAAACUUGCUCGAGGCCCCCCAGGCCGACGCCCAGCUUAUCAUGGACUCGCGCUUCCCCGUACCCCGCUACGUCGUGUGCGAUCAACACAAGAGCCAGUCGCGGUUCCUCAUGGCCAAAUUGAACCCGAGCACGACGCACAUGUCUGGCGACGGACAGGGCGAGGUCAUUUUUACCGACGAUGUCAGCUUGAAAGUGUUUAUGGAGCACCUGAUCAAGGCGUCCGUGCAGACGUAAUAUGAACGAACGAACCGACGUACAUAUACAGAUAUCCGAUCAAUCAAAUCGCUACUGCUAAUAAAGAAUACGCCACAGUCCUGUUCGAGAAAGAAUGAGAGGCUGCUUGCUCUGC